GCUAGGCUGGGACCCCACAGUAUGGUGUAGAUCCUGGAGCGCGCACAGGGGGGCGCUGCUGGAGCUGGACCAGCCAUGCAGCCUGCAGCGGGAGGCGGGGACAAGCGGAACAGAUCCUGCUGCUCGGCGGCGCGAAUUCGUGACAGCUGCGAGCCACAAGGCUGGGGGACAACUCGAACAACUGCACUGGACUUCCCACCAGGCAGCGUACUGACCUCAGCUGCCCUUUAGGAGGCUGGCUGCUUAUUGAGACGGGACAGCCGUGACCUGCUGCUCUGCUUCCGUGAGCCCAACCUGGACGUCUGGUGAACAUGUGACUCUGCCACAUCUCCCCAUCUGGGAGCAUCUCUGAAGGACCCUGGGGGAACCAGAGUUCAGAGCCCUCUGGCUCAGAAAGAGUUCCACUUGAGUCCAGGUUCUGAAAAUAACAAAGAAAUCCGCGGAUCUGAUGGCCACCGGCAGUGGAAGAGAAGACUCCAGCUCCCAGACAGCAGCUCAUGGGAGGCAGGGGAGUGGCGUGAGCCUGGAGCAGCUGGACCACCCAGAGAGGCUGGAGGCAGAGGUCAUGUGGAAGAAGGCACAGGAAUUCUUCCAGACCUGUGACUCUGAGGGCAAGGGCUUCAUUGCCAGGACAGACAUGCAGAGGCUGCAUAAGGAGUUGCCCCUGAGUCUGGAAGAAUUGGAAGAUGUGUUUGAUGCUCUGGAUGCUGACGCCAAUGGCUUUCUGACCCCAGAAGAGUUCGCCUCUGGAUUUAGUCACUUCUUCUUCAGUCAGAAUGGCCACAGAGAGGAGGGUGCUGGCCAGCAGGGGGCCCAGCUCCAAGAGGAGAAAGUGUAUCAGUCUAGUGGGGAGAAGGAUGUGGGGGACACGGACCAAGAUGAAGAAGCACAGUUUCAGAUGCUGAUGGACAGACUUGGAGCCCAGAAAGUUCUGGAAGAUGAAAGUGACGUCAGGCAACUGUGGCUGCAGCUGAAGAAGGAUGAACCUCACCUGUUGUCCAACUUCGAAGACCUCCUCACCACAAUCUUCACUCAGCUCCAAGAAGCCCACGAACAGAAGAAUGAACUGGAAUGUGCCCUCAGAAAGAAAAUUGCUGCUUAUGAUGAAGAAAUCCAGCAUCUGUAUGAGGAGAUGGAGCAGCAGAUCAAAAGUGAAAGGGAGCAGUUUCUCCUAAAAGACACAGAGAGAUUCCAGGCUCGCAGUCGGGAGCUGGAAAGGAAACUGAGCGCCAAAGAACAGGAGUUGGAGCGGCUCAAUCAGAAGCAGAGGAAGCUGGAAGGCCAGUGUGCAGCUCUUCACAGCGACAAGCAUGAAACCAAGGCUGAGAACAGCAAGCUGAGACUCACCAACCAGGAGCUGGCCCGGGAAUUGGAGCGCACCUCCCACCAACUGCAGGAGGCACAGCAGCAGCUGGAGACCCUCCAGAGGGAGGCCUGCGAGCUGCAGCAGGAGAAGGAGAUGGAAGUGUACCGAGUGACUGAAAGCCUGCAGCGGGAAAAGUCUGGCCUCCUGAAGCAGCUGGAUUUCCUGAGGGAAAGGAACAAACACCUCCGGGAUGAACGGGACAUAACGUUCCAGAAAGAUAAGGCGGCCAAGGCAAACACAGCUGCUUCCAAGGCAAGCAGGAAGCAAAGAUCUGGCUCGGUGAUCGGCAAAUAUGUGGAUGGCAGGGGAAUUCUCAGGAGCCAGUCAGAGGAGGAGGAAGAUGUCUUCGGCACUCUGAGGAGGAGAAGCUCUGUGGGCCUGAGUGCAUAUCUCCAGGCCGAGGAGGAACUGGGGACCGGGGAGCCAGGGACUGGGGUUCUCCGUCGCCAUACACUACGAAGAAUCAUCUCCAUUGAGGAAGAUCCCCUGCCUCAGCUCCUGGAAGGAGGCUUUGAGAAGCCACUGAGCAGAUGUCCAGAAGAGGAGGAGGUCUCUGAUCAGGGAGCCGAAGGGCAAAGCGCGGCAGCACCAGUCUUGGACCUCAUUCCUACCUCUCCCCGAGGGCAGCCUGUUGGAAAAGAGACCCUCUACAAGGAGGAAAGGGUUCCCUCGACUCCUGACCGGCUCUUUAAGAUCGUGUUUGUGGGUGACUCUGCUGUAGGGAAGACAUCCUUCCUGAGGAGGCUCUGUGAGGCCCGCUUCUCUCCGGGCAUGGCGGCCACUGUGGGCAUCGACUACCGAGUGAAGACAGUCACUGUGGACAAUGCGCAGGUGGCCCUGCAGCUGUGGGACACUGCUGGGCAGGAGAGAUAUCGCUGUAUCAGUCAACAGUUCUUCAGAAAGGCCGAUGGUGUGGUUGUUAUGUACGACCUCACAGCCAAGCAGUCCUUCCUGUCGAUCCGCCAGUGGCUGAGCAGCGUGGAGGAAGCUGUGGGAGACCGAAUUCCUGUGCUGUUGCUGGGCAAUAAACUCGACAAUGAGAAGGAGCGAGAAGUGCCCCGGGGUCUGGGAGAGCAACUGGCCAAGGAGGACAAUUUGAUCUUCUAUGAAUGCAGCGCCUAUUCGGGUCACAACACCCAAGAGUCCCUGCUCCACCUGGCCAGGUUACUCAAGGAGCAAGAGGACACAGUGAGGAGGGACACCAUCCAGGUUGGACCCCCUGCCAAGAAGAAAUCCUGUUGUGGCUGACAGGAGCCUCACACCCCCAGCCAGCCUGCCGAUACCACGAUACCACGGUCGCCUUCAGCCAGCAGUCCUUCAGAGCCCAAGGUCGCGUGGCUGCCUGAAUCAGCACUUGGGCUCCUACGCAGCAGCACCUGCCAAGGCCCACUCUGGCUUGCCCUUGUUGGUGGCUUGCCUCCCCUAUCGGAAGGAAACACCUGCAGCCAGGAAGGCUGCUUUUUCUGUACCUUGAAAUCUGCUCCCCCUUCUCUUCUACACCCCAAUACCCACUCCUUCUCCACCCCACCCCUUCUCCAAUGUGGUUUUCUGAAAGAAAGGAGCAGAUGGGCUUUUCCAGAAAAGUCACCACGUGCCUUCUCCACCUCCCUUCUCCUCUCUCCAUGCCCUCGGGAGGCUCAGCACUGUGGUUGCCAUGGCAACUGUGCAGGGGCAACUUGCUGCUUCUUGAAGGCCACAGAUGUGCCAUUUGGGCGACACUGGGGUGGCCUGUCUUGCUUUGGCCCCUGCUCUCCAGAAACCAGAGAGCUGCUCUUGGCACACAGGUCAUGGACUGUGAGACACUCAAGUGUCUGCUCCAGUUCUGAGGCUCUCUGAUUCUCCCUGAGUUCCUGAAUCACAAUCCUCACAAGCUUCUCCCAGCUAACACUGUACUCACUGGAUCUGAGCCUGUGGGUCUCUGCAGUGUGCUUCCUAAUGACCCAGCAGCCCUGGCUCCGGAGCGAACUGUGGCUGUCAGCUCCAUUCCUGGCAUUGCACAGCAUACAUACUUCCUACAUAACUUUGAAAAAGAAAACCAAAACAGGAAGUCAUCGAUGACUAAAGACAGUGGCCAUUUCUGAAGGGUCUAAAUUAGAUGUAUGUUGCACAUAAAAACCAUUUUCUGAGGGUUUCUCCAAGUACCUCUCUAUAAAAUCACAUCUGAUGAUUGACAGGGUAGAUUGACAGGCGGGUAUGUGCAGGGGAGUGGCAUCCAACACUAGGUCUGUAAUUAUUCCCUUCAUUUAUUUCAUUUUCCUUUAUCCCAGAAGACUAUACUGAUUUUUAAAAUGUAGCUGUGAUAGCGACAUUUUGCAGGUGCUUGAGAAGUGAGCUGCCUCUAGCUGCUGACGUCAGCAGAGGGCGCUAGGCUUCAGGGAAUGACCUGAACCCUGCAAGGGUCAGCACAAAAUGUCUGGGUGCUAGAAAAUAUAUCCUUACCCUAGAUGGAAGGUAGGAUAGAAAGAUCACAAAGGCUGCUUUUCACAAGUGAUUGACAUUCUGCUGACACUGUCUUCUCUUCUUCAGCCCAAGAGCCAGGCACCAGCCCGAGGGAAGGUAGGUGACCCACACCCAACAAGUGAGGCUCCCUAAGAGGAUAGAGUGCAAAGGACCAGCUCCAUUGGCCAAAUGAGCAAGGAGAAACAUCAAGCUAGAGUUCCUAGGCAUGUUGUACAGCGUCCUCCCCAGACCCUUGAGGAACAAGAGUCCCACAGUCAUCAGGCACAUGCCUAAUUGCUUUUGGAAGGCUUUUCUCUUUUUCUGAUGUAAUAUUUGCAGGGACCAAAGAGCCAGUGGCAAAUGCUUAACAGAACACAUAUCCAAGUGCCCUGAGAAGGUCUGUGACCGCCACAGGCUGGCUUCCACCCCACACCCCAUCAGUUAAAGAUGGGGUGAGUUGUUUGAUGGUUGGCAGUUCUCUUCUUGGAUACAUAGGAUGACUUAUGGUGAUUCUGAUGACAUACUCAUUUUCCUUCACAAAUGAAGGAAAGGCCUGGUUUCAUUGGUAGCAUGAAGUCAUCUGAGCUGGCCCCAGACUUCAGGCUCAGAUCUUUCCCUAGGGGAAGGGCAAUGGUGGUAGUUUUAGUUGUGUGUUGGAGCAGGCAGAAGGGGCAUGGGAGCCACUCAGAAGUUGUGCUCACUCUGUGUGUGUGGAAGGCAGGUACAAGGUAGGGUGGCCAUGAACAGUGUGGCCAGCUCCUCUGUUUCUGACUGAACAGAGAUGGAGCUGGAAGACAUAGAGCAAGCAGACUCUACUGGGAUCCUCUGGGCCCCCAGAUGCCUUAAUACCAGCACUAUGUCCAAACUAAGGAUCUCAUUCUUACUCAUAAAUAAAGUGCCUUGUAGGGUUUGCAGGAGAGAAGGAGAACACAGUCCUAAGCCUCUGGACAUGUGACAAGUUCCAUGAUUCUUUAGAGGCCUAUGAAUAGAAGGAGCAGGGACAGGGAGUUCUUAGGGACAGAGAGACCUCAGUUGUCCCCACCCCUACUUUUUUAGCCUCACUAUUAAAAGAGUGAUACAGGCUUCGGAGGGGCUCUGAGGAGUCCCCUGUUCCCAGCUCUCAGCUUCUCCUUCCCGACUCUUUUAAAGAUGCUGUGUGCAUCUGAGCCUCUCUCGGGGUCAUGCCUCCUGGUCCAGAGGCUGACAGAGUGCUAGAAGAGCCUUCGCCUCCAUCCUGUUUGUAGCCCCGCUGAUUAGCCACCUUUCUUGCUCAUCUAUCUUAGACUGAGAGUUUCCAUGUCUUCCUCACAUGCAGCUCAAGAGUUUCAUGCAAUGGCCACGAAGAACUCAGUGCAGUACCCAGUACUCCACAGUACCCUCUGGUAGGUACCCAGUACUUCACAGUACCCUUCCGUAGGUGCCAGGGCCUGGUUUCAUUGGUAGCAUGGAGUCACAGCCUGACCCAUUCUCCAGUCGUCUGCCCGGAAUGGGCACUCUUACUGGAACCGGCUCAUUUGGACAUCUCUCUGUUCAGCCCGUUGGCUGGGUUCCGAGUCAGAGCUGACCUUACUCCCGGCCUUGCUGUCAUUUGUCCCCAUGGACUCCCAGGAGUCCUGGGUUUCCUGCCAGGGCCUGUGUUCCAGCGGUGGCCCUUGCCGAUUCCAGGCCCCAGUCUGUGCCUCUUCCCCACCGCCAUUCUCCAGGACGGGGGCAGCAGCUGAGACCUGGGGCCAGUCCAUGGCUGUCUAGCUAUGAGUGACUUUGGCUCAGGACAGUCCCACAGCUCCCUCACUCUCUUGCCCUUAGCUGACCCAGGAUGCUUUGUGUCUGCUGCCACCCACAACCCUAGGUUGCCAAGUCAGGAAAUUCUACACCAAACCAGUAUCCCAGGUGUUUCAUUCCUGCUUAGGGUUUGAUUCCUUCAGCCUCUCUGGGAUGUUUCAUGUUUCCCUGUGACUGACUCUCUCUCUCUCUCUCUCUCUCUCUCUCUCUCUCUCUCUCUCUCUCUCUCUCUCUCUCUCUCCCUCUCUCCUUUCCCCUUCUUUAGUCUCUCUGUCCCAUUCUUCACCUAAUUCUGGGCUCCCUACUCUCUUCAGGAAACCAUUUAAUCAUAUGAAUGAACUUUGCCACAUGGCUCUACUGUCUCUACAGUGAGCAGCGCCCCAAGGGUUUCAACCCAGUCUGACUAAGGUGCUAACAAGAGUAUCAGCUCUAGGCUCUCACUUUCUUUAUCAAAAAACUCUAUGAAAGGUAGUGCUUCCGGUCCAACAAAUGAGUCGACAGUGGUAGGAUUUUAAGCUCCUGUAUAGGGGAUAUAGCGGUCAAAUAUUUGAGACCAAGCUGCCUUUACCCCUGCUACUCUCAGAGAUCUGUUUGCUUCAUGUAUUGAGUGCCCCACUGCUAGGUUCAAAUAUGUUCAAACCAUGACAUCUUCAGGAUACAGUGGCAUCCUUUGUAACAGUAACAAACAUUUGUCUUCAAGCCUAUUUCCUGGUCCCUCUUUUAUUUUCUGUCUACAUGGUGUAUAAUUUUUUGUCACCUUCCAAUCUCUGUAUCUUUAAAGUGAGUCACUGGUACACACGAUAUAGUUGGCAGGUUUUUUAAAAUCUUUUUUCCAGUAUUUUUUUAUUGGAAAUUUUUGUUGCAUUUAAUCUGAAUGAUAAGAAAAGGUUAUGUCUGCCACUUUGCUGUUUCCUUCUAUGUAAUAUAUAUUCUAUUCCUUUGUUUUUCCAUCCCUACCUUCUUUUCUAUUAAAUAGGUAUUUUCUGGCUCAUCAUUUAAUUAUCUUAUCUGCUUUAUUUUAAAUAUAUAUCCUUUUGGUACUUGUAAUGAGGGUUACCAUGAACAUUUCAAUUUAUAAUAAUAUAUUUAGAUCAAGAAUAACUUAAUUUUAAUAAGAAUCAACUUAAUUUUGAUUCUAUAUGCCUCUAUCAUAUAUAUAUAUAUAUAUAUAUAUAUAUAUAUUCAACAGUUAUAUCUUCAUAUACCCUGAACCUCUUAUGUAGAUUUAUAAUUUUUAUUUUAUGCAUUCAUCCUUUAGUUUGACCUUUAAAGGGAAUUAUCAGUGGUCAAAAUGCAGAGAAUAAAUGUCAAUGGAGUAUACUCAUCUAUAAAUGGGAUGUUUAUAUUUCACCCUAGCCUCCCACCCCCACUCCCAAACCCAGGGACUGUCACAGAAGAGGAUGAUAAGAUUGUAAGAGCCAGAGGUUGAGGGGGGCUGGGCCAAAGCAGCAUCUUCUGAACAUGGCAGGUCCCCUGCGCUCAUGAAUUCACAGCUGCUGUGGUUGCCUGUACAAGACCUGCACAAGAUCAAGCCAGUCAGCAUCCUGGCAUAGAGCCAAAUGUGCUCAUGAGCCCCUGCCCUCAGCUGAGGGGCUACUGAUGGCUUCUAGGGAGGGAGAAUCCAUUUUCCUUAAGAAUGUGGCCCCCCCGGGGCGGGGGGUCAACCAUUUUCCAGUGGAUGGCCCUAUGUUCAUAGGUACGUGGAGAGCACCAACUGAACUCUGUUGUGUUAGAAACACAAGAGGACGAGAAAUUGGGAGAGAGUAUUGAGUGGGAGGAGCUGGGGGAGAAAUGGGAGUGAAUGUGAUCAGAAAUAUAUGUAUGAAAUUAUCAAAUAAAGUAUUUAUUGCA